CGAGCGGGAUCAAAGAACCUGUUGGCAUCGUGUCAUUAGCGCGACUUCUGCUUCUCCUCGCCGCCGGCGCUCUACAUACCGUCCAGGGCUGGGUCGAGGCGAGGAGGCGCUCCCGUGGCCCGGAUCAGGAUCUGCCUCUAUUUAAACACCAACCACGGGGAAACAUUUGAAACGCUCUCACGUCUUGUCUUACUCGAACAUGGAGGCGCCACUGGGCAGCAUCGAGAACCCCAUCCGGUUCGAGGACCAGGACUUCAGGAGCCUCCUGGAAGAGUGUCUGAAGUCCGGUCAGCUGUUCUGUGAUCCAACCUUUCCAGCUGUGCAGGAGUCCAUCGGGCUGCCUGAGGAAUCUGAUCCGAAGAAGGCCAUCACCUGGAAGAGACCAAAGGAAAUCGGUGACAAUGCUGUGUUUGUGGAGGGAACGACCGGCACCACCGACAUCUGCCAGGGUCAGCUGGGUAACUGCUGGCUGCUGGCGGCGCUCUCCUGUCUCACCAUGCACCCCAAACUCUUUGUCAAAGUGGUUCCAUCCAACCAAUCGCUGACUCAGUCAUACGCCGGCAUCUUUCAUUUCAGGUUCUGGCAGUAUGGCGAGUGGGUGGAGGUGGUGGUGGAUGACCGACUGCCAACACGAGAAGGCCGUCUGCUCUUCAGCUACUCUCACACUCGCAACGAGUACUGGAGCGCUUUAGUGGAGAAAGCCUAUGCCAAGUUAGUCGGAUCAUAUGGGAGCCUGAAGGGGGGAAACAUCUCCGAGGGGAUGGAGGAUUUCACCGGAGGCAUCGCGUACUCGCUGCCGGUUUCCUCUCGCACCCCGCGGGUCCUCUGGAGGUUAAUGACAGCAGCCAUUGCCCGAGGAAGCCUGCUCAGCUGCUUCAUCCAGGCCACCAGCUAUCGUGAGGUCGGAAAAGUGACGUCCACUGGGCUGAUAAAGGGCCACGCUUACUCUAUAACAGACACUGACCAGAUCAGGAAUGCCGCCACGGAGACUCUGCUGCUGAGGCUGAGGAAUCCCUGGGGGUUUGUGGAGUACACAGGACCAUGGAGUGACAAGGGCAAUGAGUGGAACGAUGUGGACGAGGCAGAGAGAGAGCGUAUCAAACUGAAGAAGAAAGAGGAUGGAGAGUUCUGGAUCAACGUGGCAGAUUUCAGUAGCCUGUUUGACAUCUUGGAGCUCUGCAGUGUCAACCCCGACUCCCACGAAGAGGGGAGCCCCUCUCUGUGGAGCAUCAGUGAGCAUGACGGCACCUGGGUUCCUGGAAGCUCAGCUGGAGGAAGCCGCAGGAACAGACGAUCAUUUUGGAAGAACCCCCAGUUUGAGUUGGUCCUCACAGAGCAGGACCAGCCCAAUGAGGAAGAUGAGGAGGAGGAGGAGGAUGAGGGCGAUGAUGAUGAUGAUGUAGCUGACGUGAACCCAGUGGAAGUGAAGAAAACAGAGAAGCAGAAGGCAAAGGAGAAGAAGUGCUCUGUCCUGGUGGAGCUUCUGCAGAAGGACCGCAGGCGGAGAGACAGAGUCCACUUCCUGUAUAUUGGCUUCCACAUCUACAGGGUCAGAAGUUCUAUGCGGGGAACAUGUCUGGACCAAACUUUCUUCACCAAAAAUCGUCCUGUUGGUCGAUCUGGAAAAUAUAAAGCUCUCAGGGGUGUGCGGCGAACUGUCCACCUGGAGCAGGGUCACUACGUGCUCGUGCCCUCUACCUACCGACCCAACCAACCCGGGGACUUCUUCGUCCGCAUCUUCUCCAAGACGGGCAACACUUUGGGGAAUCAGGACUUCACCUGCUCCUCCAGCAUCCUCAUGGUGAUGGCAGCUCCUGUGUCCACGCAGGAGGAAGCAGAAAUCCAGAAGAUGUUCGACGAGCAUGCUGGACCUGACAACAAGCUGGACGUGAAGGAGCUGAUGGAGCUGCUGAACUCGGUUCUGGAGAAACAACGCCGUCUGCCGCUGGAGACUUGCCGACAGCUCAUCUUCAUGGAGGAUACUGACGGUCGCUCCAGACUUGACCAAACACAAGCUCAGUCCCUGCUGGCCAGCGUGCGCAAUCUGCAGUCCAUCUUUGUGCGGUUUGAUGAGGACUCGUCUGGAAACAUGAGUCCGUUCGAGCUUGGCGCUGCGCUUCAGGCCAACGGAAUGCAGUGUGACGCUCAGGUGGUCCAGCUGCUGAGUGAGAGGUUUGCGUCUGGUGAGGAGAGUCUGCCCUUUCAUGGCUUCGUGUCCUGCGUCGUCAGACUGCGCAAGCUUUUCGCGCUGUAUGAAUCAGAGACGAGUCAGGAGGUGAAGGACAAAGGCAUCAACGCUUGGCUGCUUCAUUUCCUGACGCUGUGAGGACACGUGGACUCAAAAGUCGGCCCAACAUGUCAUCAUUUUAAUCCUAGUAUUACUCUCUGUGAUAAUAAAACACGUCUCACUGUGAACUCAUAAAUCAAUCUCAUCAAUCCACCGCUCCCCAAAUCUCCGCCUCCCACUCGCUCCCGGUCACACCA